AUGAAAAGAUGGUGGAGAUUGAGAACUAUUGACAAUCUUUGGUCUCAAUUCGUCAAGGCAAAAUACUGCCCUAUAUCAAACAUGGUCUCUAAAGUCAUCAGUCCAAACAAUUCCAAUAUAUGGAGAAGUCUUUUGAAAAUCAGACUUCAGGCUGAACAACAUAUCAAAUGGGAAAUCAAUAAGGGCAAAGUGCUAUUCUGGUGGGACAAUUGGCCUGAUCAAGGUCCUGUGGCUCCUAGAGUUUGGCUGGAAAGAAAGCUAGGAAGCAUAACUGUCCAAAACUUCAUUAACAACAACAACUUGAACAUGAAUUCUCUGGAGAGAGUAAUUACUAAUGACUUGAUUCAGGGUGUCAUGGAUACUGAGAUUGGAGAGAGACAACUUCCAGACAAGAGCAUAUGGACUCCUACUACAAAUGGAAACUUCACAUGCUCCUCAGCUUGGCAGAUUGUCAGACAAAAACAGGAUGUAGACCUCUUAGCCAAGAUGAUCUGGGCUAAAGGAACCCCUUUUAAAAUAUCCUUCUUUAUGUGGAGAUUGCUUAGGAAAAAACUACCUUUAGAUGACAGAAUUCUAAGUCUAGGAAUUCAGACUGACUCUAAUUGUAAUUGCUGCAGGGAACAACUUCCAGAAAAAGUGGAUCAUGUGUUUACUACUAGUCUAUUUGCUAUGAGAAUUUGGAAUCAGAUGGCAACACCUCUAGGCAUUUCACAUCAAGGCAACUCAGUUCAAGGAGCACUUGAUUGUUGGUGGAGAGUGCAACCAAAUAAUCAAGUCCACAAACACAUUCUGCUCAUCACCCCAUGCUAUAUCCUAUGGCAACUAUGGAGAGCAAGAUGUGACAAGAGGCUUCUAUUUCUAAAAGAUUCAACAAAGUGA